AUAAAAAGCGUGUUAAUCAUGGCGGACGACGACGAUCCAGUGGUGCAAGAGAUUGAUGUUUUCUUGUCAAAAAGUUUAUCUGAGAAUUUAUAUCUUCUUCAGUAUCCUGUUCGAACGUGUAACUUACCAUAUGAUGAUGUGGAGCAUCUGUCUACCAAGGUUAAAACUGAACAGAAAAAGGUUGAGAUGGAAUUGGCGAUGAACACAGAAAGUUCUAAUUAUGCUGAUAGUAAGGGUGAACAAAUAGCUCUUAAUGUUGAUGGUUCUAACGAUGGUCGAGAAGCAAAGGUUUAUACAAGCGAUAGAAUGGAUAAACAAGUUCUAAGAUCAACACCACAAACUAGUUGUACUAAAAGAUAUGCUGUUGGACUUCUCAAAGAUGGUGAGAUGCAUAUGACUCCAUUAAGUGCCAUUGUGCAGAUGAAACCAGCAUUUGAAUAUUUAGAUAAAGCAGAUGUCCGAGAAAAAAACAAAAUUGCAGCUUUAGCCGAUGGAGAAUCAUCACAAGAUGAAGCUGAAGAUGACGCAAAGCCUGUAACCGUUAAAUUUGCCCGUCCUGAAAACGACAUUACGAAAGCACGACGUCUAGCCUCCUAUAAAUAUCUGAAUUCUCAUCGAGAGAAAGAAAGAUGGAUACCAGUUCAAUAUCAUAAUAAAUAUGCUGAUAGAUCAGCGUCUGAGAGAUUAUCAUUAAUAGCCAGUAAAAACGACGACAUCUCAGAAUUUCAUCUUCACGGUCGCGAGUAUCUACAUACAUUGGUUCCGAGUGAAAAAUCUGAAGAAAAUGCCAGACCUGAGAUGCCUAGUAAUGUUUUAUCAUUGAGUCAUCUUCGUACAUUACCAUUACCGGAUCAAAUUAAAUCUUUAUUAAUUAACGUAAAGGUGAUUCGAUUUAAUCAGUUAUUAUCACUGUUAGAUCCUGGCACUGAUGCUGUAGCUGUAUUAAGAUCGUUACAACAUUACGCUCUAUUAGUACAAGGUUGUUGGAUAGUCAAAAGUGAGAUAUUAUAUCCUAAAGAUGCUUGUAGUCCAGAAAGUGGUGUUUCCUCAGAAUAUCUGUGUCGAGGUCGAGAUUUUAUUAUGUGGAAGUUCACCCAUUCAAGAUAUGUGAUAAGAAAAGAUAUAUCUUCAGUUAUAAAGUUACCAGCUGAAGAUGUAAAAGUUUUAUUAGAACAGAUGUCAAGCGUUAAAGCUAAUAAAGGCUGGGAAUUUCUCUUUGAAUAUGACACAGAAUUCUGUGAUAAAUAUAAUGAAAUUGUUGAGAGACAGAAAAUGUUAUGGGAUGCCAGAUAUCAAACCUUGUCUAAAGUUUUUAAAAUACCUAAAGAUGCUGAUAAAAAAGCAAAAGGUGCUGAAUCAACAUUAAUAACCCAAGCUACCUCCGAUAAACCAAAGCGUAAAAAGUCAUCUUCAUCUAGAAAAAGGACCUCCAGUGGACGUUCUGCAUCGGACGUUAGUGAUAUGGAGACGGACACUCGACAUAAUUCGGAAAGUGACACCACCGAAACUGCAAAUAACUGUGAACCAAUGGAAAUUACAGAAAAUAAUCAUGUGACUACAAAUUCAAAUAGUCCAAUCAAAAUAAAGGAUACAAAAUGUGAUAAUGGUUUAACCAGUGAAAAACAGUUAACUUUAGAAUUAAUAUCGUUUGUUAGAGAUUUGUUGAAUACGAAAAAAGUUUUUACUAUUAGUGAAUUACGAAAACGUUUUGAUAUAAAAUUAUCAGAGUGUUCACCGGGACAUGUUCUAUUCUCUGGUGUGACGGAACAAACUUUAACGGAUACUAUUAUAACAUCCGGGGGAAUACAGCUCAAUAAUCAGUGGCCACCUAAAUCUAAAUCUGAAGUGAUAUUUGCUCAAGUUAGAGCUGGUGAUAUAUUUGAUGAGAUGCGGCCACAUUUAUUAGAUUUAUUUAAUUCAUCAUUUAGAGUAAAAAUAUCUACAGUUAAAACUCAUCUACAGGAGAAUAUCGAAGAUGAGAUAACAGAAACUACCUGUAAAAAAUUAUUAAAGGAUUACUGUGUGUCACGAGGUGGAUUCUGGUAUUUAAAAGAAACGUUACCAACAGAAUCCUGAUAUUCAAUAACUACUAUAUAUAUACAGAUGAGCUGACUGUGACAGAAUCAUGAUAUUCAAUGGCUAGUAUACAGAUGAGCUGCCUGUGAUGGUACCCGGUAACUGUACAACAACAAUAUAUGCAACUUAAAAUUACAGCAUCAAAUGACUAUACUACAGAUGAGCUGCUUGUGAUGGUACCCGGUAACUGUACAACAACAAUAUAUGCAACUUAAAAUUACAGCAUCAAAUGACUAUACUACAGAUGAGCUGAAUGUGAACUUAAUUUUACUCGACCACAAUUUAUGCAUCUUAAAAUUACAGCAUCCAAAUGAAAUGAAAUGUGUUGCCAAAUGCAAUAUUUCGAGUGUACCUGGUGAUUGUAUACAAAGUUUUUUGUCACCCUUGAGAGUUUUGAUGUUAUCUUGAAUUUCUCAAAAACUCUGAAGGGUGACUGAGGUUCACCCGGUAGAUUCUGAAAGAAGACACCCCCAGCUUCUAAAAUCAAUCAUAAAAAAAACAUUGUAUACAAUUUCCAGGUUCAGCCAUAGUUUGCCGGACUAUAUGUCAUGGAGUAUGUUAUGAGGGAAAUUUUCUCUUCAUCAAAAUUAAUCCCAAACCUUUAUGUGUCGGACCUCGGUUUUUUGACUCAUCCGACUGUGUCAAUAAUGUUCCUGCAUCACUGACACGAUCUCGUUAGUGAGUUCCGUCAGUUAACUUGUUACCAUAUAUGUAAAUUGUUACCAUAUAUGUAAAUCAGUGCCAUAUAUGUAAAUCAGUGCCAUAUAUGUCAAUUGUUACCAUAUAUGUAAAUAGUUACCAUACAUGUAUAUGUAAAUAGUUACCAUACAUGUAUAUGUAAAUAGUAUCCAUAUAUGUAAAUUAUUACCAUCUACAGGUGGAUGUAAAUCAUGUAAAUUAUUACAAUAUAUGUAAAUCACCACCAUAAUAUGUAAAUUAUUACCAUAUACCGGUAUGAAAAUCACCAUACAUUAUUACCAUUUAUGUAAUUAACUACCACAUAUGUAUAUGUAUGAGUUUGAUGUGAAUGGCUGUUAGUAUGUUCUUACUAUAAUUUAUGCACACUAAUGACAUCUAUUGUAAUAUAAUGAAUGAAAAUUAAAAUUUAUAUAUAAAUAUA